AUGGCAGACAGGUCUCUGGCAGCUACAGAGGCUCUCUGUGGCUGCCAAACCAACCACAGAGAGCAGGAGACCGCCAGAGACAGCCACAGAGAGCAGGAGACCGCCAUAGACAGCCACAGAGAGCAGGAGACCGCCAGAGACAGCCACAGAGAGCAGAAGACCGCCAGAGACAGCCACAGAGAGCAGGAGACCGCCAGAGACAGCCACAGAGAGCAGGAGACCGCCAAAGACAGCCACAGAGAGCAGGAGACCGCCAGAGACAGCCACAGAGAGCAGGAGACCGCCAGAGACAGCCACAGAGAGCAGGAGACCGCCAGAGACAGCCACAGAGAGCAGGAGACCGCCAAAGACAGCCACAGAGAGCAGGAAACCGCCAGAGACAGCCACAGAGAGCAGGAAACCGCCAGAGACAGCCACAGAGAGCAGGAAACCGCCAAAGACAGCCACAGAGAGCAGGAAACCGCCAAAGACAGCCACAGAGAGCAGGAAACCGCCAGAGACAGCCACAGAGAGCAGGAGACCGCCAGAGACAGCCACAGAGAGCAGGAGACCGCCAGAGACAGCCACAGAGAGCAGGAGACCGCCAGAGACAGCCACAGAGAGCAGGAAACCGCCAAAGACAGCCACAGAGAGCAGGAAACCGCCAGAGACAGCCACAGAGAGCAGGAAACCGCCAGAGACAGCCACAGAGAGCAGGAAACCGCCAGAGACAGCCACAGAGAGCAGGAAACCGCCAAAGACAGCCACAGAGAGCAGGAAACCACGCAACAAAACAUUUUCCUAAAGUCUCGCCUGACGAAGAACGCUUGA